CCGAUUUUUAAGCAAGCAAUCAUUGAAAAAUCUUACCGACAUAAUAUUCAAUGCUGUUUAUAAAGGAUUUUUACUUUAGUGAAAACGAGUGUAAGCUUGCAAAUCACGUAAGCUUUUCUUUGUAUACAGUUGGACUAUUUCUCAUCGCAUUCGGUGGAUUCUUCGCCCUCAUAAUAUUACGAAAAAGGAGAUCAUCGAUACUGAAAAAUCAACGAACAUCGCGCACCCCUUUCUCUGAGGUAGAGUUUAAUGUUGCCACACCGCCAGACACCACCAAGAGUCGUAGAGUCAGUUUCUCAAGGCGGACCGGAGUUGCUGAAUUUGUUACCAAUGAAGCAACUACAACAUGGAGAAACUUUUAUGAGGAACACAACAAGUCAUUAGAAUCGUCAGGAAAUGAAAACAAUUUAGUAGAGAAUGCUCCGAGACAAACCAUUGAACAUAUUGGAAAAAGAAUAUUUGAUCAGCAGUUUGAAGAGGUAGAAGCGGUUGACUUCGGAGGGACUAUACACGCUAACCCCCAACAGUUUCAGGCAUCAUUCAACAAAAUAAACUUGACACAGGAAUUAGCAUCGCUUGAAUGUAUGACAGAUGAUUUAAAGUUUGUACCGUCCCAGUCCAAGUUUGAACAAAGCGCUUUAACUGAAUUGAGCAAGCCCUUCGGUAAUGAUAUCCAGUGUCCAGUACUGGAGGAUAUGACCAACCCCAUCAGUAUGAACUUCUCCAUUAUGCGACCCAUGAGUUCCAGUAAAUGUGAUGAUUUAGAUGAGAUCCAAAAUGAUUUAGAGAGAUCUAAGCCCAGCUCCAUGUGUCCUGGACCUAUGAAUCCAGGAAAGGACUUUUCUGGGUACAUUGAAGUAGCGGAUUUGGAUGUAACGCAUGGUGUAGUACACAAUGAUGGAUCAGAAAUGUCAAUCACUGACACAAUAGAAAUCCCAGAAGUACAGGAUGCUGUUAAAAAUUCUACACAACAAAGUAAACACAAAGUAGAUGAUGACUGGACUAACGAUAAGGAGAAUAUGGUAUUUAAUCCAUAUGUAGCACCAAAAGAAUCAUUAACAUUUGCUGUUAACAAAGUCUCUGAAGAAGUAUUAGUGUUUGAUGGAAAGAGACUGACAACUCAAUCAAUUACUAGUAAUAUUUCUGAAAAUAAAGAGAAUUUCCAGCACACCUUACUACCGAAUGCACCAAAAAGAAAAACUAUAAUACUGGAUGUUAAUGAUGACUUGCCUAACUUUAUUGACAACAACACUUCAAAGUCUAAUUUUAAUUUGUAUGCAUCUAUGCAUUCCACAGAUAAAGUGGCCAAUAAUACUUUUGAUAUUUGUGAUACAAGUCAUAUGCUAUCUUUUACACAAGUUAUUUCAUCAAAUAUAAAGGCAGCAAAGGGAGAAUCACUACAUGCAAAACAUUGCCACAGUAUGAUUCAAGAUAUAUCUAUAACUCAACCAGUACCUAAUAACAUAAUACAUAACGAGGGUAACAAGUUACAGGGUGACAACACUGAUAAACGAAAAACUAUAAUAUUUGCAGGUGAAUCUUGCGAUAUAUCUGUGACUCAAGCUCUGCAGUCUAAUAUAAAUUUUAAUAAUGAAAAAAUAUUACCUAAAAAUGGAAAUACAAUAAUAUUUGACAAUGACGCUCUUGAUAUUUCAAUGACACAGGCUUUGCCUACUAAUAUAAAUGUAAAUAUAGUCAUGAAUGAUCAAACUGACGUAAAAAACAAAAUUGAAAAAGAGGGCACUAUCCAAAAACGAAAAACAAUUGUAUUUGAUGACGAUUCUUGUAAUAUAUCACUUACAAAAGCUGUUCCAGUUAAUAUUAUUGGCAUUGAAAAUGAAUGUUGUAAUGGUCUGACGGGCGGUAAGAGUUCGGAUAUUGAAAAACGAAGAACUAUUAUAUUUGACCAAGAAUCCUGUGACAUAUCCAUAACACAAGCUCUGCCGACAAAUCUAAAUCUUAACAAAGAAAAUGUAGACAUAAAGUAUGUUAAUGAAUUUGAUAAUAAGCUUACGAGUAACAAAAAAUCUGAAAAACGUAGCACUAUUAUAUUUGAUAAAGAAUCGUGUGACGUAUCUUUGACUCAAGCUUUGCCUUCAAACGUUAACUUUAUAGAAAACAUAGAAAAUAAUAAUUUUAGUAAUAAUCAGAUUGCAGAUAAUAAGAGCUCAGGAAAACGUAGAACAAUAAUAUUUGAUAACGAUUCUUGUGACAUAUCUAUGACUCAAGCGUUACCCACAAAUAUUAAUAUAAUAGAAAACUUGGAAAGAGGCAAUGAAAAUGAUAACGAAAAUAAAGAAAAACGUAGAACAAUACUAUUUGAUAAAGAUUCUUGUGACAUAUCUAUGACUCAAGUGUUACCCACAAAUAUACUAAUAGAAAACUUGGAAAGAGACAGAGAAAAUGAUAAAAAGAGUGCUAGCAACGAAAAUGAAGAAAAACGUAGAACAAUAAUAUUUGAUAAAGAUUCUUGUGACAUAUCUAUGACUCAAGCGUUACCCACAAAUAUUAAUCUAGAAAAUUUGGAAAGAGCCAAUGAAAAUGAUGGAAAAAGUGCUAGCAAUGAAAAUAAAGAAAAACGUAAAACAAUACUAUUUGAUAAAGAUUCUUGUGACAUAUCUAUGACUCAAGCGUUACCCACAAAUAUUAAUCUAGAAAACUUGGAAAGAGCCAAUGAAAAUGAUGGAAAAAGUGCUAGCAAUGAAAAUAAAGAAAAACGUAAAACAAUACUAUUUGAUAAAGAUUCUUGUGACAUAUCUAUGACUCAAGCGUUACCCACAAACAUUAAUCUAGAAAACUUGGAAAAAUGCAUCGAAGAAUGUAGUGUUGAGCCUAUUCAAAAUUUAGAAAAACGUAAGACGAUAAAAUUCGAUAAUGAAUUUUGUGAUAUGUCUAUAACUCAAGCUUUACCUACAAAUGUAAACUUGAUAGAAAACUUAGACGUAGUAAAUGAAAUUAAUAAAUUGGGUAGGACUAAUGAAAAUUCUGAAAAACGUAGGACAAUAAUUUAUGAUAAAGAUUCUUGUGAUAUAUCUGUCACUCAAGCUUUACCUACUAAUAUUGAAAUCAAACAAAAUAUAGAUAACCAAACCAAAGACUUGAAUAAAAUUUCCGAAAAAUGUAAAACUGUAAUUUUUGACAAAACUUCUUGUGAUGUAUCUAUGACACAAGCUUUACCCACAGACAUUUAUUUUGAUGAAGAAAAUAUAAAACCACAGUUUGUAUUCCAAGACAACAUUUCAAAUGAGGUAUCAACAAAACGAAAUACGAUUCUAUUCGACGAUAAAGCGUGUGAUAAAUCGGUGACACCAGCUUUGCCAACUAAUAUUAGUGUCUAUAAUGAAAGCUUGUGUAAAGACUAUAGAGGCGAUAUAAAAUUUGGAUUAGAAAAUAGUUCAAUUAUAACUUGUGAUAAAACUUCAAAUGAAAUAUCAAAAGCUGACGUUUCACGUAAUACUGAAAUAAAAGAAAAUAUUAAUAAAAGUCAGCUUGCAAGUACUGAAAAUCGGGAAACGACUUUGAUGUUUGAUGUCAAUUACAAGUCUUCUGAUCGUAUUCAAAUUAAAACCGAUGAAACCCAUAAUGAUGACAUGGAAGUUACAGAUUUCUUUUUACACAAAUCAUCAAUCCAACUAAACACGUUUCCGCAAGAAGAUACAGCAUUAAAACCAAAUAAUACUUUAUCAAAUUCUGUAUGUGAUAAAAAUCUAGAUGCUAAUAAAACAAGUUAUUCACAAGUAAAUGUAUCGAAAACGGAAAUUGAAGCCCAUUUAAAUGAAAAAAAAGUUAAUAAGAAUUUAGAUAAUAUAGACAUUAAAAAAGAAUUACAUGGACAUUUAAACAAAGAAAACAACGAUAGGAACUUUAAUAAAUACGAUCAAAGUUCGAAUUAUUUAACUUGUGAAUCUGAAUUUAAAACAAACGUUUCUCUAUAUCAAGUGAUCACGAACAAGCAAAUAGAUGAAACUAGCGGAGAUAGCUGUAACGAUGAAUUAGUUGCAAGAAUGGAAGUAGACAAACCCAUUACCCGCGUUAAUGACAAAACCAAUAAUGUACACAACAUCCAUAAACAACGACCAAAAAAAUCUAUGCUUGAUGAACUUCUUAGUAUGUCAUCAGAUUCUGUUGAAUAUGAUUUAUCCAAAGUUGAUGAGAAGGAAGAUAUAAAUAACAGAACUAAGACAGAAGAUUUAGUUUUAAUGUCAAAUGAAGAUAAUUGCAAAGAAAGCAUAGUUGAAAGUAAAACCAUCCAGAAUAUUGAAAAUAAACUUGAAGUUAAAAUGAAAAAUAACGAUUCGGUUAUAUUUAUGGAAAAUCAAAUUAAUGAAAAUCAUAUAAUGAAUGAAUGCAGUUAUAAAGAAUCUCGGGAACAAUUUAAAAGUAACGUAGAAGAGGUAUUCGAAUUUAAAGAAGACAAAUCUAAUUUUAACAUGGAUUUAGACGAAAGUAUCAAGAUAGUUUCUGAAUCAAAUUCUCCCAAAACUUUUAAGUCUGUUAAAGAAGCAGACAAUACAAAAGAUUUGUUGAAAAUGCUUACCGACUUUACUGAUGGGGAUGAUGAAAAAUCUGCAAUCAAAGAAAUAGAAUAUAACACAAGAAGCGAAGGAUCUGAAAAACCAUCAAUUGUUGAAAAAAACAUAAAGGCAGCUAAAGGACCUAUACAAGAACCAAAACGCUUAAGUUUGGCGCCACGGCGACAAUCCAUAGCGAUAAGCCGAGAAGAUUUAUUGAACAACAUUUCGAUGGCUAAAGCUGCUUUACAGCAAUCGCGUUUUGAAGUAGACGAAACUGACAUCAUGGAUGACACGUCAGAACUAAUUGAAACUCAUGAAAUAAACGACACACAUCAAUCUAACAGGAUGAGCAGCGAAGUCGUUAAAAAGUUAGAAUUCGAAGACGAAUCAGUAAGCGAUACGAGUAUUAAAUCGUACAUAAAGAUAAGUCCUCUGAGGAAACCAGCUGUUGAUGAAACAACUUCAAUCAACGACAAGAAAGAGAAAGUUAUCCCUACCUUUUUGACAGAUGUUUCAGUUUCGUUGAAAGAGUUAAUGCAUGACCUCGUGAAACCAAACUCAGAUGCUCCAUUAAAAAUCAACUUUUUAAAAACAAAUACUAUUUCAACCCGUAAUGCAAAAGUAGAAACAGACAUAAUUAAAUCAAGCCAAAUUGACGUGAGACAAGAAGAAGUUCAAUGCCGUCUCAAAAAUAGUGAUGAAUUUGUCUCAAAAGGUGACACUAAAAACGUAGGUCUAGAAGUUGAUACUUUUGGUCUCGAUAAUUACGUUAAAUCUUCAGUAUCUGAUUCCAAACCUAUAAGCAUAGUUCAACAUUCAUUAGAGGGCGACACUCAAAACCUCAAAGAGGAUAUAGUAAAAUACAAUGUUUUUGAUAUUAUUCAGCCAUCACCACAAAAUCCUAAACAUGAAAACAUAGUUUUUAAUAGCGACAAUCCGUUAAAAAAUGUUGUGUUGCCGCCUAUCGAUUUCUGUGAUGCUCACAAAUACAAUCGUUUUCAAGAAGAGAAGGGCGAUGACGAUACUAAAAAUAAAACGAGGCAAUCAUCAUGUAAAAUGAUGGAAUAUGACAUAAUAGGUUUAAACAACCGAUCAUGUGUGAAUGAUGUCCCUAUUGACCAGAAAAUUGCCCAGCAUAUGAACAUCGUGUGUGGUCAAACUGCCAGUAGUGGUACAACAAAUAUGGAAGCAGAUGUCAUUAAACCAAACCAUGCAGAUAAAUCUGUCGAGCGCAUAGUACCUAAUCUAAAAGACAUAGAGGUAAACACAGUGGUUGCUAUGAAAGAAAACGAAGAACUCAUUCAUAGCUCCGCUUUGAUUUUGGUUGAUGAAAGAUUAACCGAUAGCGAGUUUAAAAUGAACAUUGAAAUGUUAACGAAACCGUCAAGCAAGGAAGUUUCCAGCAAAAUUUCACCCGUAAAAGUAUUAUUUAGAAAUGAAAGGGACACUAAGUUUAUCGAAAAAGAUUCAGAGGCAACUUCAAGUGAGGAGAUUCGCACCAUAGACUUAGACGCCAAAACAAGGAAACGUAGUUUUAGUCCGACAAGACCGACCAGCUACGCCCUACCAAAUGUUGAAGUUACACCAAAGCCUAUAAGCAAAAUGCAAAAAAUGUCUAACAGUCCACUAAGUAAAUCUACUAACAAUAAAAUUGACGACGAAAUUAUGCAGGUAGAUCUCGAGGAAGAGGAUGUUAAGACUUCCAAACAUGACAAAUCAAACGUAAAAUCAGCAUCAACUGAAAUAGUACAAAACAUAGAAAUACAAUAUAAUAGUUUCAAUAAAUCAAAAACGAAACCUAAGAUACUGCAUAAUUCUGAAUUAGAUGAAGGAAAGACGUCAGAAAAGAAAGAAGUUUUAAGACAACUGAGUAAAAAUACUAUUCCCGAUCCAAGUGUGACGAUAUCACAAGUGGUCUCUAGCAUUACCAGCCAAACAGUCGCUCCAUUGGAGAAAGACAGAGAGACUAAUGAUGUAGUGAUGUCCAGUUCUGAUGUCAAAGAAACUAUUAAAAUGUUGUCAUUUAUGGGCACACCGGAGUGCGAGUGGGAGCGGUCGGCGGAGGCGUGGUCGUUCCGCCUGCUGUGCGGGCGCGUACGUAUCUGCGUGCGCAUGGGCGUGGCCAGCGCAGCCGUCAGAUCACAAACGCCUGUCACUGCUGUUGAUGUUGAAGUCGCUAAGGCUGACGGAAACGACGCCAUAGCGAGUAUGUGCGUGAAGCUCGCCGCGGAGGCGAUGCGGUACGAGGCGGGCGGGGUGACACGCGCGGACGGCGUCGCGGCGCUGCUGCGGCGGUGCGUGCGCGUCGCGCGGCUCGCCCGCCGCUGGGCGCGCGCGAUGCGGGACGCGCACGCACAUCUCGCGUACACCGUGCUGCCUGACGGAGAUAUCUCGCUCAAGGUGGCGGUACUUCCGCUGCGGCGAGUAGUAGAGGCGAAACUCCAUGUCUCCCUAGCGGUGGGAUGCGAGCACGGCGCCGCCUACCCGCGCGCGGACCGCCUCACCCUGGGGGCGGAGUCCGAGCGGGGGGCGGGGCCGGACCUCGCCCGUCUCGCCCGCCUCGCCGAGCAGCCGGCAGACUGGGGACACGUGCCGAGGACUAUAUGGAAAGUCUUCAAAUACCUCAAGAACAGGACGAGGACUGAGGAACUACUCGGCUUCUGACUUCUACCGCGACUAUCAAGUAAUGUGUACGAACUAUUCCUAAGACUGAAUUUUAAUAAAAAUCUGCCUUUCA